AUGGUGAUGUUAUCCCUUGUUUCUUGUUCCGUCUCCCUUUUCUCGCCGCCGAUUAGUCUCCGGCUUCAUCUCCCGCCGGUUACAGCUCUAUCUUCCCACGGAAGCUUCCCUGUUUCUACAUGUCCGACUGAGCUACAACCACUGCUUGUCAGCGGCUUAAAUCGCCGGGAAACAGGUCUCGUUUUCCGAUGUAAUUGCCUUAGCUCUCCGAUUAACGUCGCAAGUCAAAUGGAGAUUGGGUUUAACGAAGAAGAAACGGAGAUGGUUCUGACGAAGAACCCAGAUGUAAAGUCGACGUCUUUGGAUAAGAUCAGCGCUCGUCUCGCCCUCCUAGUUGAAACGCAGAAGCAUACAGACUACAGAGGUAGAAAACAGGAACCUACGAUGAAUGUCCUUGCUAUAUGUAACUUCGAUAUGAAGUUUAUAUACCAGGCAAAGUAUGAAGCACCCUUUCCACAUCCCCCAAUCGGAAAGUACUAUUUGGUCGAUUCUGGAUAUCCCACCAGGCACCAGGACAGGGUAUAUUGGUCCACAUCGAAGGGUUAG